UGAACACUCCGUUGUCAUAGGAGGGGCAGAUGCGGGCGGAAGAGUCAGAAGGGUGAAGGUAGGACAUAGACAUUCCCACUAAGCUAGAGACCCCUGAACUGCCAUAGCCAGGACAUGCACAGGUUGUCCUCAAAUCCCAGGGCCAUGGGCAGGUCUUGGAUAUCUUUGGAAUUUUAAGUUGGUUGGCAUCUGUCUAGUUUUAAACCUGAUUUAGGUUCAGUUCAACCAGGGAGUAUGAUUUCUUUGGGGAGAGGGCCCUGACCUAGAAAUCUACAUGCUCAGCGGUCUGCUCAGCCACUAAUGGCUCUGACACACUGGAAAGGCACUCACCCUCUGGGAGUUUCAGACUGUAUCUUUGAAAAUAAAAUUCAGUGGAUGAGGUGCAAAGGUAUUGUCCUCAACAGCUCUAAGUUACUGCUUCUAACUCACAGAGUACAUAUCACAAAGGAUCCCACCAUCCAUUGUCGGUCUGAGCAGGGAAUGAGACUUUGGCAGACCAUGAAUCCUGUAUUAAUUUCUAGGGGGACUAUAACAAAAUACCACAGACUUGGGGGUUUAAACUGAGAUUGCACCACUGUACUCCAGCCUGGGUGACAGAGUAAGACCCUGAGUCAAAAAAAAAAAAAACAACAACAAAAAAACUGUAUACAUGGGAGCACUCUGAGAUGAGUAAUUCAAAGGAGUGGUUAGAAUUUGGGAUCUACCUAACAGCAGGGGAAAAGGAGGAGGAAUAAAGGACAUAUGGAAAACCAAAUGACUUUUGAAAAAGAUAAAUGGGCCCUUAGAAUAGAUGGAAGAUUUGAGUCUUGUGACAAUGUCUAUUUGGCUGUGGUGACAACUUCUCAUCUCUGAGAUUAGAUUUGCUUCUAGUGCUGAAGAAGAUUUAUGACAACCGAGUUAAAAAUUUGAGAUUUGCGAGGAGGAUCUGCUAUUAAACAGGUAAGGGAUUUUAGCUGUUUAUUUCAGCUGAAAAUAAUUCUUAAGUCGAAACUGGCACAUUUCGAGGUAGCAUGUCCUGAUCCCCUUAAAAAGGUAACUGCAUAGACACCGUAUCUCUGAUUCUGCCCAGGGUCCUGUGCCCUCUGACGCCAGAAAUCACUACUUCUCUCAGCCUUGUUUUGCGGUUGUUUUAUCAUGUUGCAAUUUGGUUAUGUCUUUUCUAAUAGUGUUUAAAAGCAAUCAAAUGCAGGAACUUUUCCUUUAUAAACUAUUAUUGAGCUUAUAUUGGACACUGAACUAAGUGUCAGUUUACAAAAAUGAAUAAACAAAAAUCACUGCCAGUAAGGAGCACACAGCCAAGAUGGGGGAGUAGUAAGAUGUAAAGAGAUGUAAAAUAAUGUGAUAGGUUCGGCCAGAGUUACUAAAGAGUCAGAAAAGGGCAAGCAUGUUUCUUCUCGGUCCUGAAGCAGCCAAGGGAGAGGAAGAUAUCUGUUGCCAAUGCUGGGGUGUUGGUUUAGGCAUGUAGAUGCUGUGAUGCGUAGUGGAACCCUUCAAUGAGCAGACAGGAGAACCAGCUCUACGCGGGGAGGGAGAGAAUUGCUCGCCUCAUCCCCCGUGACUCACACCCUGGAGAUUAUAAGUUCAAACAUUUUGAUUUCGGGAGAUUUUGAGUUUUGGGCUUAAAAUGACUGAAGAACCACCAGGUGGAUCUACGUGUCUCGGGUCUAGAAGUCUGAAUACAGAUUUACGAUUUAUGACCACAUAGGGAGAUUAAACAGGGCACAGAAGAGUUUUUAAAAAUAAUAUUUUUUGGGAAAAAAAACCCCAACAAAACACGAUUCUUUCAGCAGAAACCAGAAGAUUUUCUCAUAAACCCUCCUACAGAGAGCCCUGAUAAAGUAAUAAACAUGCUAACAGUCAGAACCCCAACCAAUUUCAUAGGGCAGUUUGUGGUAAUUACUCUCGGUAUGGAGCAGACAGUCCUCUUGCAAAACCCGAUUUAGCAAACUUUGCUAGCUCCAUGUGGGGCCUCCAAAGGACACAGUUGGGCACUAAAUCCCGGCUGAAAACAAAGGCCGAUUUAGAGGAUCCGUAGAAACGGAUGCACAGAAUAUCCCUCAGUCCUCUCUAUGUAGCAGGCCCUCCAAAAACGCGGGUUCCCCAAGAUCGAAAAUAUUAAACAAAUGAAUUUCUUUUUUUAAAAAAAAGUACAACAAAAGAUAGUAAAAAUAAAAACAGUAUAACAAUUACUUACAUAGCAUUUAGAUUGGAUUAGGUGUUAUAAAGUAAUUUAGAGACUAUUUAAAUACACGGGAGGAUGUGCAUAGUUACGUGCAAAUACUACGCCAUUUUCUAUGAGACUUGAGCAACCUGGAUUUUGGUAUCGGCGGGAGCCCUGGACCAAUCCCCCCUCAGUUCUACCGAGGGAGAACUGUUUUGUUUCUUCCAGCACGGCUUUGACCGACAGUGUGUUGGGAUUCGCUGACCUCCAUGAGAAAGCCUGGCAGCAUGCUGAGACCAAUUUUCCCAGGGCCAGAAUUCUCCUGUGUGAGCUAAAAUACAGUGGCUCGGUCCAACAAAACAAAGCCUAGAGCCAGGAAUUACGGCGAACCUGCUCCCUCCCGUCCUCCCCUGGCGCACAGAUCCCUGGCGCCGCCGCUCUUGAGGUCGCCUGCUCGCGUGUCGGCCUCAUCGUCGGAACGGCGCUUCCUGAAGCUUUAUAUAAGCACGGCUCUGAAUCCGCUCGUCGGGAUUAAAUCCUGCGCUGGCGCGCUCCUGCCAGACUCUGGCCUCCACUUGCUCUUCCUGAGGCUCCCUCCAGAAGACCUUUCCCUUAGCCUCAGUGCAACGCCUUCCGGGCGUCCUCAGACCAGACACAGGCCAAAGCCACUACAGAAGCCGGAAGCCCCGGUUGGGAUCUGAAUUCUCCCGGGGACUAUGGUGCAGUGGUUUAAGAAAAAAAAAAAAAAAAAAGGGUGAGAGGGACCUGAGCAGAGUGGAGGAGGAGGGAGAGGAAAACAGAAAAGAAAUGACGAAAUGUCGAGGGGGCGGGGACAAUUGAGAACGCUUCCCGCCGGCGCGCUUUCGGUUUUCAAUCUGGUCCGAUAUUCUUGUAUAUCAGGGGAAGACCGUGCUCGCCCUGACAGAAGCUGUCUAUCGGGCUGCAGCAGUCAUGUCUGGCAGAGGAAAGGGCGGAAAAGGCUUAGGCAAAGGGGGCGCUAAGCGCCACCGCAAGGUCUUGAGAGACAACAUUCAGGGCAUCACCAAGCCUGCCAUUCGGCGUCUAGCUCGGCGUGGCGGCGUUAAGCGGAUCUCUGGUCUCAUUUACGAGGAGACCCGCGGUGUGCUGAAGGUGUUCCUGGAGAACGUGAUUCGGGACGCAGUCACUUACACCGAGCACGCCAAGCGCAAGACCGUCACAGCCAUGGAUGUGGUGUACGCGCUCAAGCGCCAGGGGCGUACCCUGUACGGCUUCGGAGGCUAGGCCGCCGCUCCAGCUUUGCACGUUUCGAUCCCAAAGGCCCUUUUUAGGGCCGACCACUUGCUCAUCUGAGGAGUUGGACACUUGACUGCGUAAAAUGCAACAGUAACGAUGUUGGAAGGUAACUUUGGCAGUGGGGCGACAAUCGGAUCUGAAGUUAACGGAAAGCUACUGUGGCGCAUAGCGCUCACAGCCGUAAAGACUUAAGUCGUUGGCCGAAAGCGGCUUUUUCACUUACCUGGGCUUUUUUUCUUUUUUUUAAGCCUUUAUCGAUAUGAAAGGCUGAAUGCUGUAGGUUUGAGCACUGCUUUCUCGGCUUGCUCUUCUGGUGCAGUAUAGGCACACCUAGAGGGGCACGUCAGUCUUUGCGAUCACCAAAUCUGGUUCUGAGAAAUAGGCACUGGCAAUUUACACAUGCCUUGCUAUGUAAUCUCACUAUAUUUGCUCAGGCAAAGUGGGAGAAGCAGCCUUAGGUUUUCAUUCUAGAGAUGCCGGCUUUCCCACCUGAUCGGCUUAGAGUUCACGAUUGACUGGUUUGGGCUUCAUUUUACCCUCUACAUAACAAGCGGGUGGACUAGAUGCCUUAGUAAGGGUCCAUGUUAUACGGUGUCUCCAGCCACGCACUCGGCUCAAUCUUAGUACAGUUAAAAUGCGUUUCUAGCAAGUUAUCUGCCCAGUGCCUGAAAAGUAUCAUUUCUUGUGUUCAGUAAAAAGGCUCCUAAUUUAAUCAAGGACCUAUGAGAUAACUGUCUUUCAGUUGUGGCAUUGCAAGGAUACAAAUGCAGAGAUAUUUUAACGUGAUCCUUCUAUGAGAGUGAACCAACGAUAUGAUCUGAAAGCAACUUCACAGGCUUAUGAUUUUACUGUGUAUGUAUUUGGGAGAAGAAAUUCUGUCAGCUCCCAAAGGAUAAACCAGCAGUUGCUUUAUUGGUCUUCAGAUGUGGCUGCAAACACUUGAGACUGAACUAAGCUUAAAACACGGUACUUAGCAAUCGGGUUGCCAGCAAAGCACUGGAUGCAAGACUUGCCUUCCAGAAGCUUACCAGUCGGGUUGCCAGCAAAGCAGUGGAUGCAAGACUUGCCCUCCAGGAGCUUACCAUCAGAACGGAGAAGACAAAUAAAUGCAUAAUAUAUAGACGACAGAAAUCCAUACCUGUACACAUUUAAGAAUAAACAGUCCAGUAGUAAGAGGCAGUACAUAUUCAAUCUGCUGGGGAACGUAGACAAUAACUACUAUAGGAAUCCUAAUGCUACAGAAGUCACUGGCUGCUGGGAAACCAGGGAAAACUUGGCUAUGGACGUGGGGGCUUGUGUCGGACUCUGAAUAAAGAGCAGAAUGAUUGGCAUCCUACAUAGUAAAGGGGGCGAGGGCAGGGAGGAAGUGGCAAGAAUAACAUUUGUGAAGAUGUCCAGGUGAGAAAUAGAGGUUUUAAUGCUCAAGAUGUUUCCUUUUCCCUUUUAAAUCUGACCUGUGAUUUCCAGCAUUGGUAUUUCGAAUAUCACUGAUUGUUUUUAACUUUAAAGGCAAUGCUGAUGAAUAUAUCUGAUCCUCACCAAGAUCCACUAAAGAAGGAAAUAUCAAAAAUUUGAAGAUAAAUCAAAGAAGAAAGAAAGGGAGUGGCGGACAAAACACGUCCAUUGUCUGAAUUAGUAGUUCUCAAAGUGUAGCCUCUCAUCUAGCAGCACUGAUCACCUGGGAUAAAAUCUUGGGCCCCAUGCCAGACCUACUGAAUGAGAAGCUGAGGGGUGAGACAUAGUAAUCGGUGCUUUAAAAAAGCCCUCCGGAUACACAUUAAAGGUUGAAAGCCACUGAUGCAGGAUUAUUUUAAGGAUCAAAUGAAAAGUUCUGUGUGAAAGAAGAAUGAGGCCAUGAAGUGACAGAGAAACCAAAGAUCUCUGCAGUGAAUGCUUUUAACCUGUCAACUGUGAUGAAACAAACAGAAAACCAAAGCCCUGGCUUCUUUUGAGGUGCAAAUAAAUGACCGAGAAGGUGUUAUCUAAGACCUCUACAGCCAUUUGUAUCUGGCCCUGUGUAGAGUGGGCUCUGCAAGACCCUGCCUCACUUUCCCACUAAGAGGCCUUGGACUUCCCAGCUCCCAGAGACUAUAGAGAUCACCUCUGUGGCCUCCUGUCACGAUUUCCUAAGGUGAGGAACUUCAUUUGCCCAACGGAGGCCCACGUUCUCCCUGUUUGAUCUACUGUCUUCCCAAGGAUCUGAACUCGGGGACCAGCGUGUGCCCACAUGUCCGACGAAAACAAUGUAAAGGAACUACUGAGUCUGGACAGAAAAUCCAGACCUACCAUGCAUGCAGCUUCUAAGAGGACUGAGUGCCUUCACUGGAACAGUGAAUCUCCUUCGGUGGACAUGGACAGGGAACGGCUCGAUUAAGCCCAAAUUCACAAAAUUUCGCCCACCACCCCGUGCCCCGGGAAUUUUGGCUUAGGGGCAGGAUGUGGGGGUUACCACUGUGCUAGUGGAGGUGUCGCGGGACUGAACGGCAGCCCCAGCGCAGUUCUCCCCACGUUUGCCCGCAGAACCCCGGCGAGGCCGAGGUGGUCAUUUCCCUCCCUAGCCGGAUGAGGCCGGUUUGGGCGCGAAGCACGGGCGUGUGGCCCUCCACUUCCGCAAAGGCCAGGCGCGCUCAGGACCGCGAGCCCUGAGCGUCCCCCUAGUGACCCCUGGCCUCGGGCCCGACGCCCCGUCUCUCCUGCUCCGGCCUCCCCGCCACGCAGGGCCCCGGUCACGCGCGGGAGGAGCCGGCCCGCCAAAGCCCGCAAGCCGGCGCCCAGGAAAGCGGCCGCAGCCCGGAUAGGCCAAUUGGCCGAAGUCGGCAAAGCCCAAGAUGGCACCGCAGCAGGGGACCCGACUUGUCACCCGACCCCGUUUCGUUGGGAGCCUAACCGGAAGUGCCUUCCCCGCUCUAAUGCCGGAGGAGCACGGAGGGCAAGCGGUACAGCUUCUUCCAAGUGCUGAUGUGGGUGGCUCUGAAAAGAGCCUUUUGGAUACGAUGGAACCUCCGGCUGAACCGCGCUUCUUAAGCCCGCUCCCCACGGAUGCGGCGGGCCAGCUGGAUGUCCUUGGGCAUAAUGGUCACGCGCUUGGCGUGGAUGGCGCACAGGUUCGUGUCUUCAAACAGCCCCACCAGGUAGGCCUCGCUGGCCUCCUGCAGCGCCAUCACGGCCGAGCUCUGGAAGCGCAGGUCCGUCUUAAAGUCCUGCGCGAUCUCGCGUACCAGCCGCUGGAAGGGCAGCUUGCGGAUCAGCAGCUCCGUGGACUUCUGGUAGCGCCGGAUCUCCCGCAGGGCCACGGUGCCGGGCCGGUAGCGGUGCGGCUUCUUCACCCCGCCCGUGGCCGGCGCGCUCUUGCGGGCCGCCUUGGUGGCCAGCUGCUUCCUCGGGGCCUUCCCGCCGGUCGACUUGCGGGCAGUCUGCUUAGUACGGGCCAUAGCGAACCAAAACACAAGCUCACCAGCGCAGCGGCGGGGAGAGAAACGAGUUCGUAGCCCCGCGGCAGCCGUCUUUAUAAGCACAGUCUUUUCCCGAUUGGGCGGAACAAUAAUUGAAAAUCCCGCGCUGGCUGUCCAUUGGCUGUGACGUCACCCGUCCUAAAGUCACCGGUUGGCUUGGGCAGAUUCCUCCCUAACCCCGCCCACCCGCCUCACUUUCUACUUACCAGUUGGCGAAGUUUUGCAAGCUUGUUUUUCCCCUUUCCUUCAGGGUGAAAGCCAUUUUCCAUUGCAGCUUUGUCAGAUUGUUUCCUUUCCGCCCUUCGCUUCCUGAGAACACACUGCCCGCAAUACCCCCCUUUCUUGCUGCGCCCUGCGGCUCCCGCAUGAAACCUCAUUCUUCCAUUUGCCCCCCCCCCCCCCCGCCCCCAGUUGCUACUUGGCGGAUCGUUUUUCGCCUGUCGGGUGCCUUUUGGGUGGGAGAGGUGCCCGCCCCCAGGGCGCAAGAUUCCGCCUCCGAGGCCCUUACUCUCCGCCGCCAGGGCGCUCUGGAAAACAAAACAGAAACUAAGACUUAAGUCAGCUCAGUGAAGCCAAGACCCAGCUCCGCCACACUGGCGAGCACUACCCGCUCAGGGCCCUCCCCAUCGGGGGUGGGGACGAGGAGCACGUCCCGCUAGUGCCAGACUAGGUCUGAGUGCCUGGCCGUGGCCUGCGGAAACCACUAGGGAAGCGCGGGCUCCGCGCGCAACACUUAAGCGCGUUGGGUACUGCCCGCGGCGCUGGUGUUUGUGACUGUGCGGAGUGGACCGUGGCGGCGCCCAGGACGUUUGGUGCCUCCACCUGCCCUGGGAAGUUCUAGGACUGGGGACCCACUCAUCGAAGAGCCAAGGCAGUUACGUGCUCCAAAUGCAAGACGGCACGCACGAACACACACACACACCUGCCCCGUCCCGUCAGCUCCAGGUUCGCUAUUCACUACUGAGGAACGCUGGACAGAGUAGCCGGCAUUAACAACUCUUUUAUUUGAAAACGUGGGUGGCUCUGAAAAGAGCCUUUUGAGUUUACAGGUGCCCCUUCGAGACGCGGGCCGGGCUGGGCUGGGCCCACUUGGGCCGGACGUCAGCCUCACUUGCCCUUUGCCUUGUGGUGACUCUCCGUCUUCUUAGGAAGCAGCACGGCCUGGAUGUUAGGCAAGACGCCGCCCUGGGCGAUGGUGACUUUGCCCAGCAGCUUGUUCAGUUCCUCGUCGUUGCGAAUGGCCAGCUGGAGGUGACGAGGGAUGAUGCGCGUCUUCUUGUUGUCCCGAGCCGCGUUACCCGCCAGCUCAAGGAUCUCGGCGGUCAGGUACUCGAGGACCGCCGCCAUGUAGACGGGUGCGCCGGCCCCCACUCGCUCCGCGUAGUUGCCUUUGCGCAGCAAGCGGUGCACUCGCCCUACCGGGAACUGGAGGCCAGCGCGGGACGAGCGCGACUUGGCCUUGGCGCGGGCCUUGCCUCCUUGCUUGCCACGACCAGACAUGACAACGAUAGCAGUCACCGAGGAAAGCUCCUGCCUGGCGACCGGGAAAGUCGCCGAAAACGCCGCUGCUUCACCCUUUUAUAGACAGAACGGCGAUUGUCCACGGAGCACUUUGAUUGGCUCAAGCAAAUUUUGUCCCGAUAGCCAAUAGGAUAGCUCAGCCAGAAUCCACUCAUUUACAUAAUCUCGUCUCCCUCGCAUUGCGCGCCGCGGAAAACUCGCGAACCAUAACACAGCGUCAUGCGCCCAGCCUCUGUAAGUACACAGUCGUUUCCGGUAGACCCCGAACCUGCGGCUCCGCUUGCGUUCUCGGGGGUCACUGUCGGUCUUGGGUCUGGCCAUGCCUGAGCCUGCAAAGUCCGCGCCGGCUCUCAAGAAGGGCUCCAAGAAAGCCAUCACCAAAGCCUAGAAGAAAGACGGCAAGAAGCGCAAGCGCAGCCGCAAGGAGAGCUACUCCAUCUACGUGUACAAGGUGCUGAAGCAGGUCCACUCCGACGCCGGCAUCUCGUCCGAGGCCACGGGCGUCAUGAACUCCUUCCUCAACGACAUCUUCGAGCGCAUCGCGGGAGAGGCGUCCCGCCUGGCGCACUACAACAAGCGCUCCACCGUCACGUCCCGGAGAUCCAAACGGCCGUGCGCCUGCUGCUGCCCGGCGAGCUGGCCAAGCACGCCGUGUCCGAGGGCACCAAGGCGGUCACCAAGUACACCAGCUCCAAGUGAGUCCCUGCCGGGACCUGGCGCUCGCUCGCUCGCUCCCUCCCUCGGCGGGUCGCCGGCUGCUUUGACUCCAAAGGCUCUUUUCAGGGCUACUUAACCACCUCAGUGAAAGAAUCUUUCUUGUGUUGUCAGUCCCAGUUUAUGUUUUUGGCUUCACGUCUGGUUAACUUUAGGAGAGCACACAACUCCAUUAAGCACAGAUAACUAUUUUCUUUUCACAUAGGCAUUGCUAUAGGCUUACGUAGAUUGAUAGUGGUAUCUUACUAUGGUAUAGAUAGGCUGGGGCUUGCCUUAGAGGGCUGCUCUUGAAACUGUCUUUGGCCUGGUUACGUACCCGUGAAUAUGUGCCCAGCAGAUUGUUUCCCGGUGAGAAACGCAGUGUUAAUUUUGAAAUAAGCUCAUGUAAGAUCAAAUUGUGUAUAUGAACAAAGGUGGGUCUGUUCUUCAGUGGUAAAAUGAAGGUAGAGAUUAAAUGCAUUGUAUGCUCUCAGAUGUGUACUUAAAAGGGAGUAGCUCGACUUUUAUAUAUGGUAUCGAGAAACUUGUUGAGGUUUUUAUAUCAUUGGUUCACAAACACGUGCCUACACCACGAUUCAUGUGAAAAUUCCUUAAGGAGGUAGAUGGAAGUUUGAUUUUGAUAACCAGGAAUUAACAGCGAUAACACCUUCUGUGCUUUCUACUUGAGAUACCCUAAAAUCUACCCAAUACCAUUAAAUGGUUUUUCCCCCAAGAAUUAUCACUCGGAAAAGCUUGUCCAGUUUAAGGGUUUGUUCCAUACAAUGGCAACAAAAUAUAUGAUUUCUGAAGCCAGACUUGCUGGAGUGCAGUGGUGGUAAUGGAAACAGAAAUGUUGGAUUUUAUCUUUGAGGUAGAAUUAAUAGGUGUGGUGGCUGAGGAACAGGAUUUAGCUAACAGUGAAGCCCCUAGAUUUUUGGCUUGAGCAACUGUGUAGAUAGUGGUACUAUCAGGAUAGAACACUGAGAGAAGAUACUCGUUGGGACACUGAAGGGAGAUCCAGAGUUCCGAUUGAAAUUUGAGAAGCUCUUUGCUAUUCAAGUGGAUAUGUGCAGUUGACAGUUUGAGAGAUGCAUCUAGGGUUCAGUAAGGACAACACAAGCAUGUCUUUAAGGUCUACCCGUAAACUGUGAACACAGCAAUGGGAAUGAUGGACAUCACCUUAAAGUAUUUUUCUAGACUUUAUUACUCAUGUGUUUGUCAUGAGGUAUAACUUAGUAGUUCAUAGUCCUAUAAUGUAUGUUAUUGACUAGGUAGCACUUAGUUUUCUAAUUCUGUUUCUGUUAUAGUGCUGCCACAUGUUUCCCAGGAACGCAUUUUACCCACAGUUCUUAGGGUUGGCCUGAUUAGUUUAAUUGCUGUCUCAACCUGCUUCUUACUGUGAUUAGUUCAGGAAUCUAGAUCAAACUAAUUGGCAUUUAACAUUUCAGGAAGUGAACUAAGUAACAACUAACUCAGCAGGGGAGUGUAGUAUGCUAUUAUCUUUUGGGAAAGCAGCUUAUUUGUUUUCAAGAGGCAGCAGCAGGAUGGCCUGUCUUUAGGUAUGAAGGCAAGCAUGAUUAUAGACAAUAUGCAGAGGAGGGCACAGUGUGGAAGAAUCAGGGAACUGAGCCACUCAUGGAGUACAGCCAACCUUGGAUCUCUGCUGCACCUUUGGACUUCCAGUUAAGCCAAUUUGUCUGACAUAUUUACUUAUACCACUUUGAAUCUUGAAAUAUUUCAGGAAUAAUAAUUUCCUAGAUACAAGGAAAGACCUUUCAUGAAAGGUCUCAAAGAAGUCAAAUAGGGUCAAUUAGGACAGAGUUGCUCCAAUUACAUAUUUGGAACAGAUGUCCAAAUGUUAAAAAUCAAUACCUGACUAAGGCUAAAGACUAAUAUUGCCAUCACAGGAAGAAUGUCCAGGGUUUUUUUUCAGAUGUGAAAUUUUAUUUAAAAUUUUUAAAUAAACUAAAUCAAAACA